ACAUGGUGAGAAGCAGCGUAGGAAUGAGCCCUGGCUGGUCGCUGCACUUGGUGGCUCUGUGGACUCUCUAUGGGGUCACUGAAACGCAGUCUCCUGGCACAGUUCAGUGUGCAGAGGAUGUCAUCCUGGGAUGCACCUUCUACUACAAAUCUACGGUAAACCUGAACAUCACCUGGAAGAUGCAAAGAGCAGAUGGAGUGGAUCUCCUGGUUCACAGCUACUAUGGAGAGAUGGACCAGCUACAAGGACAGGACAAGGCUUACCGGGGCCGGACACAGCUGUAUCCAGAGAGAUUUGCCAAGGGAAAUGCCUCCCUGAAACUCAGGAGUGUCCGCAUCCAGGAUGAGGGAUCCUACAUCUGCAAUGUCACCGCUGAGCUGGGCGUAUGGUCUGCGACAACACUCCUCACAGUGCUGAGGGAGAUUCAAGAAGAGAAAACCAUCAGUGCUCAGCAAGGGAGAGACGUCAUCAUGAACUGCUCCUUCAGACCUGUGUCAAACCUCCAAUUAUUGAACAUCACCUGGAAGAAGGGACCAAAUCUCCUGGUUCACAGCUACUGCUCUGAGCUGGACGCACUGGAAACACAGGAUGAGGCUUACCGGGGCCGGACCCAGCUGUAUCCGGAGAGAUUCCGCGAGGGAAACGCGUCCCUGAGACUCAGGAACGUCCGGCUGGAGGACGACGGGGUCUACACCUGCCACGUCAAGCCAGAAUUGUGCAGGUUUUCCAUGCGGAUGACGGUGACUGUGGAGAAAGCGCCUGAGAAUGCCCACUCAUCAUGGCUCUGGCUGCUUCUGCUUUGUGUUCUCAUUCCACUAAUAUAUAUUAUCCUUAAGCACCACCAUCCUUCCCUGCUGCAGUCAUUCAGGAAUCUGCAGCCAUUUAGACCCUGGGAAAUCCCAAAGUCAGGAGUAUGCAACACAGCCCAGCACCCCCCUGAUGACUGCCUCCAGAGGCCAGCCGAGAAUGAAAAUCCAAGAUCUGAAAACCAUGGGAUCAUCCAGAGUAGCUCAGAAGCAGGGGACCAUGAAAGGGGGACACUGAAUCCCAGAGAGAAAGACUGUCUCCUGGAGCCCCUACGUCCUGAUGGAGACAGCGCCAAUCUCCCUGAAGAUGGUGGUGAAGAACUGGGGGCUGCUUCUGGAACAGGAGACCUUUCAGACUCAGUGUCUGGUUCUCAGGAGUCGCUAUCAAACACUGGGCGUAAUAUUGCUCUCCUGGGAGAGACGAGCUGUGGGAAGUCCUCCUUCAUCAAUGCUAUCCGGGGCCUGCAAGAUGAAGAUGACAAUGCUGCCCAGACUGGGGUGAUUGACACAACGAAGGAGAGGAAGUCUUAUCAGCAUCCCAAACACCCAAACGUAACGAUAUGGGACAUGCCAGGAAUCACCCUGGGAAAAUUUUCACUGGACAAGGACAUCGAAUUGAGCAAGUCUGAUGUGUUCCUCAUCUUCUCCUCUGGCAACUUCACAACCCUCCAUGCCAACCUCGCCCGGGAGAUUCAACGAAUGGGGAAGAAGGUUUAUUUUGUGCGCUCCAAGGUGGAUGCAGACCUGUACAAUAACAGAAGAAACAGAGACUUCAGUGAGUCAAGAAUCCUGGAGCAAAUCCGGAACACCUGCAUAGAAUGCCUGGAAAGAGAAGGGCUCCGUACCCCACAGCUUUUUCUCCUUUCUCACAAUGAAUACGACCAGCAUGAUUUUCCUUGCCUAGUAGAAGAACUCGGUUGUGCCUAGAGACUUGAAUUGUGUCUCCAUUAGGGAGUUUGUGUCCCAGGGAAGUUUUGGUGCUAACAACAAAGGGCACAGCAGGUGCAUAGGGUUUUACUGAGAAUCCUCUGGGUCAGAUCUAUGCAUAAUAAUUCACUGAAGGGCAGCAUGUGAGGUCUGUGCCAGGAACCAGCGCUCAGGUGGUGAAAUGUGUGUGCGGAUAAUAUUUAAGGAGUUACCUAUAUUGGAAAUUAUGUUCUUGGAGUUUGGGCAGGAAAUCACAUUCUUCCUGUCUGAAAGAAACUCCUCUGAGGUAACAGAUUGCUGUCUCCCUGUGUUUUUAAUCUACCUUGCACUUUGAGACAAUUUCAUAGACUCUCAGGGUUGGAAGGGACCUCAGGAGGUAUCUAGUCCAACCCCCUGCUCAAAGCAGGACCAAUCCCCAGACAGAUUUUUGCCCCAGAUCCUUAAAUGGCCCCUUCAAGGAUUAAACUCACAACUCUGGGUUUAGCAGGCCAAUGCUCAAACCACUGAGCUACCCCUCCCCCUUAGGGAUAUUAUGCCUGGCACUAAUCAAGAACUUGUGAAAUCUACAAGAAAGGAAAUCUGAACAAUGAAACAAACAGCAGGGAGAGGGUGUCCUGUUUUUUUUUUUAAUGCAGACAAAGGAUAGUUUGGACAUAUAUUGGGAGGCCAAGGGACAUCAUCAGUUCUUCACCAUGCAGGCAAAUUGACAGCAUGCUUGUCUCAGGAAAGGGGAGUUCCAGCCAGCCUAGCUCCAGAGAUUUUGGGUGAGCAGCAAGACUCUUCCAAUUAACAUCUUGUUAAUUAAGUCUAGACUCUAGAAUGUGUGUU